ACUGGUACACGUCAGCAUGUUGAGCUGUCGCUCCAGCCAAUCAGUGUGAAGGAACCCGAGGCACGCGCAGCACAAACAAGGAAAUAGUCUGCGUCAGCGGUCCGCGGCUUUAUGUUUUACGGAGAUUAUUUAUGUUGGUCGGAUUUAAAGUUUGAUUGUAGAUCGCCGUACACACAAGUGUCCGUUUCCUUCCUCGUUCUAUGGAUUUUCUGCAGUUCCUGUCAUGCGCGUGCGUCGUCUUCACCGUCGGAAUGUUCUCCACGGGACUGACCGACUUGAUGAAAAUGAGAGCGACUGAGAGUGCAGACAACGUGCAGUUCCUGCCCUUUCUUACGACGUGCUUGAAUAAUCUAGGCUGGCUGUAUUAUGGCAUGUUAAAAAAGGACAGCACAUUGAUGAUUGUUAAUUUCAUCGGAGCCUCCUUACAGAGCCUGUAUAUCUUCACCUACUUCCGUUAUGCCAAAGAGAAGAGGCGUGUGCUCCUGCAAACGCUGGUGUUGGCGUGCGUGCUGUGUGUGGCCUGGGUGUAUUUCAGCAUGGUGGUCCCGCAGGGAGACACACAGCUCUCUCAGCUUGGUCUGGCCUGCAGUGUGUUCACCGUCAGCAUGUACCUGUCGCCGCUCACUGACCUGGUGGAGAUCGUUCGGACCCGCUCCGUGGAGCGCCUAUCCUUCCCACUCACUGUUGCUACGUUCUUCACCUCUACCUCCUGGACCCUGUAUGGCCUUCAGCUACAGGACUUCUACAUAAUGGUGCCCAACACGCCAGGAAUCGUAACGAGUCUCAUUCGCUUCUUUCUCUUCUGGCACUUCGGAGCCGUCAGUCGAGACAGUUUGCCUUACAGACUCAUCCAGACCUGAGACUUCUCCGUGCUCCUGGUCCAGUCUCACUCCCACACCCCUGCUCUCCCACCUAGGGUUCAUAGCUACUGCCGACGCGGACGUGCCAAAGAUCGUAAUUGCAGACGAAGCGCUCAAAGAGGCACGAGAGAGCGCGAGGCACGAGAGAGCGCGAGCCACUCGGAAAUUGAAACAACUCAGCCGUCAGUUUGGUGACGCACCCGUGAGACGGUGUGAUCGUGGAGCAGGGAGGACGGCCCAGAGACAUGGUGCGUGCUCCGUGGCAUUUCCGCGUCUGCAGUAGAUAUGAACCAGGCCUUACCAUUAACUUCCAGUCGUCUAGGGUGUGUGAAGUCUCACUAUCUAACACUAAUGGUGGGACUUUUUUUUUUUUUACCUUUUCCCUGAAAACAAGUCCUCACUUAGAAUAUCAGUUUCGGGGCUAUAUUUAACAUUUUCCCCCUGUGAUUGGUGCCAAUGUUUGGUGCCAGUUUCUUUUUGGUGCUAGUUUCUCUUUGGUGUCAGUUUCUGUUCUGUGUCUGUUUCUGUUUGGUACCAAUUUCUCUUACUCCACUCCCGCUACUGGGUUCUUGUGAAGCCAGUAGCCGCAUGCUCUACCGGAUGUCCGGAUAUGAAGUUUGAAUUUGCAGUUUUCCGGCGAAAGCCUGAGUCAAAGCGUAACACUUGAGUUUCCCUUUCCGUUGGGUCAGUGCUACUUUUCCCGUGCCACUGCAGGCAGACGGCACCAUGCCAGUGCUACGCUCAUAUAUAAUAUAAACUUUCUCUCAUUAGAUCAGUGACGGAAAGAUAAGGAAGGGAGAGAGAUAAACAGAGAGCGUUCCUGCAGGCUAACGUCGGAGACGGAUCCAACAGGCACUUGGCUCAGAUAUCUGUCCAGCUAAUCGCGACUUCCCGAUGCUCCCAUCCUUCCCAAGAUUCGCCUGUUUUCCACACAGGUUAAGGCAAUGGACAUUUCCGAGCCUGCAUGGAGUUCUCUCCACACGCAUGUACGGAGCGGCGGAUGGUCAUGCACUCUCCGGUCUGGCGUCCUCUCGUUGGGGUCCUGCUCUGCCCCACCCCUUGGCCUGAAGCAGCUUGUAAUGAGACUCGCUCUAAGCCCGGGGCAGGGCGGGGCGAGGCCGGGCAGCGCGGGGAGGCACUGGUAAAUCCGCACCUUGAUCCUGCAAGCGCGUGUCCCAUCCUGCAUCGCCAAACAUUGGGGGCCUGCUAUCCCCCUCAGCUCUUGGUUCUGCCCCAGUUUUUGAGUUGAUAAGCUUGUGCUGGGGAUCAGCCAGGUGUCAGAAAACAAUGUCGGUGUUGUUUUCGAAGCGUCCUCGCUGUAGCUGAGUCAGACAUGCGGGUUACUGUGAGCAAGCUCACAGGCUCAGCUCAGCCUCCGCUGGCCCUGCCAAGCUGCACGGGAGGGCCGACUGAGAGUCGACUGAUUCCCCAAGAAUGGCCCCGCAGUGAGAGUCAGCGCCCCACCAGAUAAACGAGGGCGUGCCAGUAGCAGCUCUCCUUCCUGUGUAAACAAAAACUUCUCCAGGGAAGAGCAGCGACUGACCGACCUGUGAUGAGCACAGACGCUGCAGAGAGUAGCAACUACUACUCGUCCCCGAGCAUGUGAGACCGGACGACGACCAAUCAGGGACUGGUUAGAGAGUGUGAGCGCGGACGACGACCAAUCAGGGACUGGUUAGAGAGUGCGAGAGUGGACGACGACCAAUCAGGGACUGGUUAGAGAGUGCGAGAGCGGACGACGACCAAUCAGGGACUGGUUAGAGAGUGCGAGAGCGGACGACGACCAAUCAGGGACUGGUUAGAGAGUGCGAGAGCGGACGACGACCAAUCAGAGACUGGUUAGGCGUUUGAAGGCCUGUGUUUUCUUGAUCACACCAAAAAGACAAAAUGAAGAGUGGUUGUCUGUUAUGGUUUCAGCGUAGGCAGCUGUGCUCUGUAAGGCCAGUCGCUCCUAGUUCUCCAGCUGGGCUUUAAUGUAUUCAGUGUGGUACUACACCCCCUACUGGUUUUUAUUAUUAUUGUUAUUAUUAUUGUGUAUGAACAUUAAUCAUGUAUACACCAGUGCUACUGGUUGUCUUGUUUGUAAACACAUGAUCUUUAAUAGUGUUGGUAUUUAAUCCCAUCAACGGUACAUUGUAUGCCGCACAUCAGUGGGAAUUACAGGGAAGUUUUUCGGUUUUGAACACAAACGUGUACAUAAUAAAGUUUCAUUAAUACACA